CUCAAUCUCCUUCCACAUCUCCUUACCAUUGACAUGAUGGAGGAGUUCCAGGAGGCUGACAUCUUGUGGCCUCACGACAGUCGUUACGACGGCACUGCUGCCACCGUGCCAUGGCGUGGCUGGCACGGAGUUCCGAGGGAACCAACUGGCCCAAUCGAGAUCCCUGCAAAAGCUCAGGCCAGCUUUAUGCAUGAUGAUGGUAAUGGCAAUGAUAGUAGUACAAUGAGAGCGAUGAUCCCACCGCAUGUUACUGUGGCUGAGAGGAUCGCCGGCGACAAGAUGGCCUUCUCGGUGUUCGUCGGAAACGGGAGAACGCUCAAAGGCUGGGAUCUUCGACGUGUGAGGACUUCCGUCCUAAGGAUGACCAGAUUCCUUGAGGGAUGAAUGAUGGUAUCAGCUAUAACAAAGCUUGAUGUUGUUGGAGAAGGCAGUUCACAUAGCAUGCAUGUGCCUGUUGAAUGCAUUGCCAUCUCUUGAAGGGCUGAUGAGUAGUGAUUCUUUCAUUGUACAAUGAAUGCAUUGCAAAGGGAAUAAAUAAGGCUAUUGUUGAAUUCACACAAAUUUGUGUGCCUAA